GUCCGUAGCCAUUUUGGCUCAAGACGUUUGGGCUCCCACUGCACGCGGGCAGCAGACCGAACGUAUCCUUGUUCGACCGAACGCACGCAGUCUCCCGCAUUGGUCAUGGCGGACGUUCGCCUGAUCAUCAAGAACACGUUCUUGGAGUUCGAGAGCUGCAUUGACCAGCCCUUCGCACCCUCUGUCUGUGGUAUGCGUCGAGUUCAGUCAUGCCCUCCCAUCCGUGGCAAGGACAUGGACGAGGGCACUUCACGCGAGGAUGGUUCCAGUGGUUCGCGGCUCAAGCACAACAAGACGCGCAGCGACGCCAGUCGCAGUCUCCGUCUCAGUAAUCGGACGGGCCCGGCCGUCGUACACGAGGAGCCCGAGGAUGAUACACUCAGCUGCCGCUCGACCGAUCACUACUUGUGUUGGCAGUCGUCACAUACUCCGCUUGUCCCUGCCGAUCUUCAGGUCAAGUUGUGCGAGAGUCCGCCAGCUGGCAAGCAGAAUGGUCAGGCAUCGGCCUCUCCCAGCGCACGAACGCCUCUUAGCAGCAAGGCCGGAAGCUUUACGCCUUUGGCUUGCAAUGCUGCGGUGUUCGUUCCGGGCUGCCCACAGACGACGGGCGCGUUCUGCCGCGCCCUUGCCUCUCCAGGGCAGGGGCCUAAUCCUGACAUCCAACAUUCAGCGACUGAUAGCAAGCACUAUACUACGUUGAUCGUGAAAAAUGUGCCCUACGGUGUCACACGCGAUGAGUUGAUCGAUGCGAUGAAUGGGGAAGGGUUCGAAGGAGCAUACGAUUAUGUCUACCUGCCAGUAGAUUUCAUGACCCACCAGAGCAAGGGGUAUGCUUUCGUGAACUUUGCGAGCAAUGAGCUCGCCAACAGCUUCAUCGGCGCUUUCAGCGGCUUCACAAAGUGGCCUAUCCGGUGCAGGAAGCUCUGCACGAUAACGUGGUGUGCGAUUCAGGGGUUUCAGGCGAACGUUGACCGUUAUUGGCACACCCUUGGCAUGGAGGAUUUCAUCCCCGAUCAGUUCAAGCCGGUGGUCUUUAUCGGUAAGUCUCGGGCCCCCUUCCCGCAGCCCACUGCCCUCAUGCUGAGCAGCGUCUGCUAGUGUCUGCUACGAUCAGUAGACUAGGCUCCCGUGCCUCAUCGCUCGUUUUCCUCCUCCACCCGUCUUCUUCCUUCCCUCGCUCCUUCCACUCCUCUGUGCGAGUCUGAAGCGAACGUCCCUUGGUUUUUAACUUUCCCAUUGUCUUCUUCAUCCUCCCAGUUCUCGCUUAUCUUCCCUUGUUAUGGAUACGGAUGGACGCUGAGCAUGCGGAGCAUGUGGAGUUUGUUUGUCAAUAUUCUGCCACUGCCCUUUUUGGGUUCGCCCUCUGCUGGCUGGUUCGUGCCCUGCUGCAGUCACGCUCGUCUCCUGAGCACCGCAGUCGCUUGUCCUUGCUAUGUAAGGAUGGGCUCUCACGAGUUGUUUUAUCCGUUCCCUUUUGCAGUAAGUUCUCACCGCGCUGCUGUUUGGAUUCUCCCUCUGUUGGUAAAGGGAAAUCAUUCGUGAACCCCCCCUGCCCCCAAAACGCAAAGUUGGCACGCGCGGGGGAGACUGCGGCCGACGUGCAACUCAUCAGGCCCACCGCCAACUUUGAACAUUGGGGGAGGGGGAUGCGUUGACAGAUGAACGUGGCAUGAGUGUUAGCUAUUUCUUUCCGAGGCCUGGCUGGCUGGUUCGUGCUCUGCUCCAGUCGCGCUCGUCUCCUGAUCACCCUCCUGAUCACUGGCAGUCGCUAGUCGCUGAUUAGUAAGAUGGGGAAUAUCCUCCACCCAGUAUGCCCAGGAUGGCACGCCGCUCGGCAGCCUGCGCAGGUCUGAAUUCCUGUGGCGGCCGCCGCUGGAGCUGUUGGGGGGGGACUCAGUCUUGAGGUCUUGGGGCGCCGUGCAGGAAGCGACAAGCGCUUCCUCCCCGCCCCUUGCUUCUUCCUCUUCCGCCUUCCCCUGGACCUCCGGUUCCCCCCGCGCCGUCCACUCCAGUUCCUGCUGCUGCUGUUUGUCCUCGUCCUCCUCCUUCUCCUCCUCCCAGUCAUUCUCCUGCUCCUUUUUCUCCUUUAUCCUUCUGCCUCCUGUCUCUGUCUUUCUUCGUCCCUCCCGCUCGUGCUCUGCCAGUCCUCCGUGCUCACUUACCCUCCUUCGUCCUGCGCGUGCUCUGCCAGCUGGCGUGACAGCACAUGCAUAGACAUGCUGUUUGGAAGGUUGGGCGAUUUACCCACAUGUUUGUCUCCUCUUCUCUUACUUCUUGGGCCGCGCUUUUGCGUGAGGCUGAUCUGCAGUCGCAAGCUCAUAUUUCAGUAUUUUGUCCCUUAAUAAGGGUGUGCAAGGCCUGUCCUUAGUUGUUGUUUUCUGGGAGGCCCAGCAACGUCUGCGCCUGGCGCUCUCGGUGCCAGUGCACAAUUGCUGCGCCUGACGCUCUCGGUGCCAGGGAAGCAUGAUGCUUGGAAGCUUACUCGGGAGACUGUGCUAUAGUCAUCGGUGCCGAUCGGAAAUCUAUGAAAAAAAA